UAAAUGACAAUUAAAUUGUUAGCUUAUGUUUUCUAAAGGUAUUAAACGAUUUAAUAGUUUUGAUACAGAAAUUAUUUUAAUUGCGAGAGAAGUGUUUAAAAUCACAUUUAAUAUAAUUAGCAAUCAUUUGAUAGCAUUUAUUAAGGCAUUAAUUGAUGUGAAUAUUAGUAUUGAAAUAACAAUUACUUUAAUUAUGGGAAAUAAGAUCUCGUGUUGUAAAGCAAAUACUCCUCAAAGACAUCGCAAGAAACCCGAGAUCCACGAGAUUAUUGACGACCACAUCAACGAUAGAAUCGGACCUAAUCUGCAACACAUCAGUGAACGCGAACCCGACGACAACGAGACCGACCCAUCCUCUCAUCCGACCGCUGGACCUCUUUUUAUGCAAAGAUCUCGAAGUGAUAUCAGAUGCCACAGAAAAAGUCAAAUUAAUUUAUUAGAGACGCGACCGCUCAAGAAGCACAGUUCCUGUUCGACCAUCUAUUUGGAUGACAGCACCGUUAGUCAUCCCAAUCUGAAGAAUACCAUAAAAUGUGUUACACUAGGGAUCUAUUAUCACAUCAGAAACCGACAUUCAGAUCGUAUUCUUGAUAUUUUCGAUGAAAGACUACAUCCUUUAUCUAAGGAAGGAGUGCCAAAUGAGAUUCGAGAUCCCGAUCACCGAACAAUAUACCGAUUUAUGAGGACAUUGUUCAGUGCCGCCCAAUUAUCACCCGAGUGUGCGAUCAUAACUCUUGUAUAUUUGGAGCGACUUCUGACUUAUGCCGAGUUAGAUAUCGUUCCCCAGACUUGGAAACGGAUUGUUUUGGGAGCCAUUCUAUUGGCUUCUAAAGUAUGGGACGAUCAGGCGGUCUGGAAUGUCGACUAUUGCCAAAUACUUAGAGACAUUUCUGUUGAGGACAUGAAUGAAUUGGAGCGACGUUUUCUCGAGUUGUUGCAGUUCAACAUCAAUGUCCCGUCAAGUGUUUACGCCAAGUAUUACUUUGAUUUGCGAACACUCGCCGAUCAAAAUGAUAUCACAUUCCCAAUGGAACCGCUGAAUGAAGACAGAGCACAACGUCUUGAGGCAAUGUCUCGUUUAUGUGAUGAGAAAUUAAGUGAAAUCAAUCGAAACGGUUUCAAGAAGUGGUCGAGUCUGGACAGUAUACCACUAACACGUAAAAGUGCUGCCAUUUUAUCGUGAUUUAAGU